AUGGCCGCUCCCCUCCUCCCCCUCCGUGCCCGCCAUUGCCUCAUCACCGGCGCGUACGGCGGCAUCGGUGCCGCCAUCGCCGCCCGCUUCGCCGCCGAGGGCGCCCUCGUCACCCUCCUCGGCCGCAAGGAGGACAAGCUGCGCGAUCUCUGCGCCCGCCUGCCGCCCUUCCGGGAUUCCCGCCUCGCUCCUCUGACCGCGGCCACAACGUCUUCACCUCCCGCCAACGGAGAAAAGCCCGUUCACUCCUACGCCGUCAUGGACGUUUCCGCCGACGGCCGUGACGAUGCCGUUUUGGAUGACAUCUGGAAACGUACGGGCCAGAUAGAUGUUCUGGUCAACGCGGCGGGUAUUGCGCAAUUCCAGCUGUUGCAGAACACCUCCCCGCGGGCUGCGAGGGAACUUGUGGACACCAACCUUAUGGGCACAAUCUUCAUGUCGAGGUACAUGGCUCAGCGCAUGAAGCGCAGGCGCGCAGACAGGGAUGCUUGCAUUAUCAACGUUGCAAGCCUGCUGGCCGAAAAGGGUAGCCCUGGCACCAGUGUCUACGCCGCGUCAAAAGCCGGUAUCAUUGGCCUCACCCACGCCCUCUCCGUUGAGCUGGGACCGCUGCGCAUCAGGACCAAUGCCAUCGUCCCUGGCUACAUAGAAACCAACAUGCUUGCUUGUAAGAGGCCCAAACUCCCCCUCGCUUGCAUCACCAGCUGCGAGAUCGGCUUCCGAGGGUUCCGUAGGUCGAUGCCCUUGGUCAGAGCAUAG